GUCCGGGGGCGGGCACAGGGCGCCGAGUUUCCAGCACAGCUGGAGCCGCCCCGGGGAGAGGGGGGCCCUGGCUCCCCAGGGUCCCGCAGCGGGAGGCCCCGUUCCAUUGGGGUCCGCUGGCGCCGCCGGGGUGGAAGCCCCGGGCCAUGGUAGUGCGGAGAGGGCAGACACCGACCAGGCCUCUCGGCCGCUGCUCCUGAUACCGGGCCCGGUGUCACGCGUGGGGCGGGGGAAGCCCCUGUGUGGAUCACUGAGCCCCGUGUGCGUGCACGCCACCCACCCGUCUGUGCAGUAGGGAUAAUAAUGUUCGCUAAAGACUGAACGAUAAUGUAUGAAAAGUGCUUUGAAAUGUCAAAUGUAUUUGUAAUGGCUAAGCAUUAUGGGUUAAUUUUAAGAUCGUUUCAAAAGCAUCCCCUCCUGCAGCUUUCAGUAGAAGGGACAAAUAACUGCUUGGAUACAACACUCUCCUAAAUAUGAAGUUUUUUAAUAUGCUUCUCAGAAGCAUUGUGAGACGUUCGGUUUUUCCGUUUGCUAUGCAGAAUGGGUCAAAAAAAGAUUUGUUUUUAACAACUCCCCAGAGGUCAUUUCCAUGUAGAACACUGAUUUUGUCUCCUGCCCUGAAGAAGCAGAUUUCAUCCAGCCCCACUGAGAAGCUAGAUUUGGAUGGGUGGAAAAAUGUCAUGAGAUCUGGAAUGCAAGAGGAAGUCGGUGAGGCAUCUGAGAGUGAGGAAGAUUCUACUUUAGCUGCCACAAGGGAACUUGUGGAGAUGUGGAGGCUAGCUGGCAAAACUGUUCCAGAAAAUAUCAGUGAAGAAGAGAUAAAGACCCUUAUGGAAUGUUCCACUAAGUCAUCCAAAAAGAAGUAUUUAAGAUACUUAGCUGUCAAAGAAAAAGUGAAGAAAGCUAAUAAAGUAAAGCAGGAAAAGCAAAAGGAAGCAAAGAGGGAAAGGCUGGAAAAGGCUAAAAAAAAUGAUACUGGUGAGCUGAAGAAUACUUUCUUAUUACAGUUUUGGUCCAAGUCUAUGGAUAAGAUGUAUAACUGGAGGACUGCUCAGGCUAUGAUCUUUGGCCAGCCUCUAGUAUUUGACAUGGCUUACGAAAAUUACAUGUCACGUAGAGAAAUGGAGAACACAGUGAAUCAGCUAAUGGAGACCGAAGGUUGGAAUCGAAGAGCUGUGGAUCCUUUUCACUUACAUUUCUGUAAUGUCAAAGUAGAUGGCCCAUAUCAUAAAGAAUUUGUCAAGCGCUAUGGAGAGGCAUGGGACAAUUUACUUGUGACUGUGACAGAACAGUCUCACACAGAUGUCUUUCCAAGCGACAAGCUCAUCUACUUAACUGCUGACUCUCCCAAUGUAAUGAAGAAGUUUGAGCAUGAUAAAAUUUAUAUAGUUGGAUCAAUGGUUGACAGGAAUAUACAGACUGGAAUCUCUCUUGCACAUGCAAAACGCUUGAAAUUAACAACUGAACGUCUUCCACUGGAGAGGUACUUGAAGUGGGAAACUGGUGCCAAAAAUCUCACAUUGGACCAAAUGAUUCGUAUUUUAUUAACUUUAAAAGAUACUGGAGAUUGGCUGGAGGCGCUGAAAUUCGUUCCAAAAAGAAAAUAUGAAGCUUUUGUAGAUACAUCCUUCUAUUCAAAGCAUAAAACUGAUACAGGGAGAAGAACAAAGGUGUUUGAAUUUAGCAAUAGUCAGGAAAAAGUAAAGAAGCCCUUUGUAGAGAAUUCCUUCAGGAAGCAAACACAGAAAAAAUGGUGGAUAGCUGAAGAAUCUUAAGGGCAAACUAUACUGUUAAUAGGCUUAAAUUUCCAUUGACUUCUGUGGGAAUUUGAUGAAAAAAACUGAAGGGUAAAAGAGUAACUAGAACUGCUGUCUGAUAUGGGUUUUUUAUAACCUUUGUAUUGCAGUUAUUUAAACAGAAGCUUAACAGGCUUGUUCCCUCCCCAUCCCCCCCCCCAAAAAAAAAUCCAUGAGGAAAAGCUGUGAUGAUCAAAUCUACAAAUUGCACCAUAAGAAAGAAUGUAAUUAAAUUGAAUAAAACUGUGGUGGAUAUAACUUCAUUUAAACCCUUACUUGUUUAACACCAAAUGCUGUAAUGUGGUUGAUUAGUUCAUGGACUGAAAUAUGGUAAAUAUAGACACUGUAAGAGGCUAGCUGGAUACUAUUAAUCUAGUGGAUGUACUACAAAUGCCUUAGUAAAUAUUUGCAGACCUUAGCCUUUCUAUUCGUUUACAACACUAAUAAUGUCUUGAAUGCUGAUCUUAGAAUGUAGCUGAUUUGCCCACUGGCUCUUACCCCAGUGAAUAAGUUGUGGUUUUGUUUUCUGA